GCUGUCAUGUCAUGUCACUUCAUUCAUUGAAGUUGCAAAAAAAUGUCAACGAGCUUUGUGGUGUCGUAUUUGUGUGGUUAAAUGUAAUUCAUAAUAAAUCUAUUGACAAUAUAAUGUGUGACAAUGGCUUCGGUAAAAGUGGCUGUAAGGGUUCGCCCGUUCAACCAAAGGGAGAAGGACAUGAGCGCAAAACUCAUUGUCCAGAUGGAAGGAAAGAAAACCAGAUUACUGACUGUAAAAAAUAGCAAAGAGCAAAAUGACAGUAACCGCGAGAAAUACAAGGAUUUCACGUUCGACCAUUCGUACUGGUCGUACGACCAUGCUGACUCACACUACGCGUCACAGGAACAGGUGUUCUCGGAUCUGGGCCUGGACGUUAUCGACAGCGCGUUCGAAGGAUACAAUGCGUGCGUGUUCGCUUACGGGCAGACUGGCAGCGGAAAGACUUUCACUAUGAUGGGCUCGCCUGAGUGCCAAGGCCUCAUCCCCCGCAUCUGCCGGCAGCUGUUUUCACGUGUGGCCGCGGGCAAGGAGUCCGGCGCCUCCUACCGCACGGAGGUCAGCUACCUGGAGAUCUACAACGAGCGGGUCAAGGACUUGUUAGCAUCGGAUGCGGGACAUUCUUUGCGUGUCCGCGAGCAUCCGAAACUCGGGCCAUAUGUGCAAGAUCUGUCGCGGCAUUUGGUUUCCGACUAUGAUGAUAUACAGGAAUGCAUGCACCGCGGCAACCUCCACCGUACAACGGCCUCCACACAGAUGAACGACGUGUCGUCUCGCUCGCACGCCAUAUUCACCAUCACGUUCGUGCAGGCCAGCUAUCUGCGCCACAACAACAUGCCCAGUGAAACAGUCUCUAAAGUGCAUCUAGUGGACUUGGCUGGCAGUGAGCGAGCAGAUGCGACUGGCGCAACGGGACAGCGCCUCGUAGAGGGCGCGCACAUCAACAAAUCUCUAGUCACACUGGGGUCCGUCAUCUCCGCACUUGCGGAGUCUAGCCAGCUGCCGGUAGAGAAUCGUAACCAAAAAGGAGCAAAGAAGGUGUUUAUUCCGUACAGAGAUUCUGUUCUGACGUGGCUUCUAAAGGACUCGCUGGGAGGCAACUCCAAAACUAUCAUGAUUGCUGCUAUAUCCCCCGCCGACUGUAACUACGGCGAGACGCUGUCGACCCUCCGCUACGCGAACCGAGCGAAGAACAUCAUCAACAAACCCACCAUCAACGAGGACCCCAACGUCAAGCUCAUACGCGAGCUGCGCGAGGAGAUCGAGAAACUGCGCGCGCAGAUAUCACACGACACGGACCCCAUCGAAGCUGAACCAGCAGUCCUCGCCACACUCCAACGCAAGGAAGCCCAAGAGAAAGUACUCACGGAAAAAUGGACGGAGAAAUGGCGGGAGACGCAACAGAUCUUACAAGAACAGAAGGCGCUGGGGCUAAGGAAGAGUGGGUUGGGGGUGGUGUUGGACUCGGACAUGCCGCAUCUAGUGGGGAUAGAUGACAAUCUACUGUCUACUGGGGUUACUCUGUACCACCUCAAGGAAGGUGAAACGGUAAUCGGUACAGAAGAAUUAUCCCCAACACCAGACAUAGUCCUCUCCGGAGCGGGAGUGUUGCCACUGCACUGCAGGAUCACUCUACACGAGGGUGUGGCGACACUGCACCCCGCGCCGUCCGCGCAUUGCUGGCUCAACACCGUGCUGCUGGACAAGGCGGCCAAACUUAGCCAGGGUUGCAUCUUACUGCUCGGCCGCACCAACAUGUUCCGGUACAACGACCCCGCAGAAGCGGCUAAACUGAGACAGGAAGGAAACGCUUCUGUCAUGAACUUGUCUCGGUUGUCUCUGCUCUCCUGGUCCACCACCGACUUGGCUGCUAGCACUGAGACCUAAACACGACCCUAUCGUAAGUGGAUAAGGUUUAGUUUACAAUGUGAACUGAGACAGGAAGGAAACGCUUCUGUCAUGAACGCCUCCCGCCUGUCUCUGCUCUCCUGGUCCACCACCGACUUGUCUGCUAGCACUGAGAACCUAAACACUACCCUAUCGGACUUGGAAGGUGAGAUCCGCUGCGAACGGAUAGAAGCUCAACGCGCGGAGUUAGAGCGAGAGAGACAACAGUUUAUUCUGCAGCAAGAAGAGAGGCAACGACGCUGGCAUAGAGAGAGGGAGGAGUUGCUUCAAGCGCAAAAGAAGUUGGACGAGGAGCGUGAAGCGAUGGAGCGCGAAUACGCAGCGGCGUGCCGACGGUUAUCCGGCGACUGGCGCGCGUUAGAAAGAGGCUGGACGCACCGACGACGAGCGUUACGGUCGAGACGAAGAGAACUGACUGCGAGAUCAGAGCGGUUACGAGCACUGGCUGACACACAUACACGGGCGGCCGACACGGAGGACUCGCAUGUUGCGGAACUUCGGGGGCGCGUUGAGGAGAAACGCGCUGAACUAGAACGCGUACUUCGGAUGGAACUUGCAGCACAGGGCAUCACUGAGAGCCAAACUCCGAGUCCGUCGAGCCCGCCCUCACCCAACUCGGAGACCUCCACCGAGAGCCUGAUGCACCUGCUGCAACAGUGCGAGCCCACCACCGCAGCCACCAUUCGCGACACCGUCGACAGACACAAAAAAGAGCUUCUAGAAUUGGAGGGUGAACUACAAAGCCGAGUGGCUUCAGUGGCCUCGCACCGCGUCAAGAUAGAGAGACUACAGGCUGAACUAGCGCUGCUAGGGACUCAAGACUUGGGGCUCAGACACGCGCUGGCCUCGGACCUCAGCCCCACGGACAGGAGAGAAGGUGACAACGAGUUGUUUCCUGGCGAAGGUGUGAAGAGAAGCAAAUCAGAACUGGUGUUACGACACACGCCGCGAGAGGAGGCGCUUGAACCACUGUCUGCGGACGAGAGGGAUGUGUUCAGAAACAAGCGGCUCAGCUUAAGCCUCAGCCUGGACCCGCUAGCAUCCCCCAACUCCCUCCCCACAGACGAGACCUUCCACACGGCGACAUCAUCCCCACCCCCCUCUCUAGCCACCCCCACGACGGAAGAGGUAUCAGCCCUGCCCAGCGAGCCCACGCCCAACUUCCGGCUCGGACCCGUGCCGGAUGACAGUGACGACAUGUCCAGUACUGAGGACUACCCCUCUCUAACCACCCCCACGACGGAAGAGGUAUCAGCCCUGCCCAGCGAGCCCACGCCCAACUUCCGGCUCGGACCCGUGCCGGAUGACAGUGACGACAUGUCCAGUACUGAGGACUACCAUAAGCCCAGGAUAGUGGAAGGGCAGUCCUCAAGCUCGGUGGAACGAUCGCCGGAAGAGAGGCAUCAGAGAGCGAAGAUCAGGCGGAAGAUUGCGACAGAUGGCAAAUCCGGUCGACGGCAGGUGACCGAGGCAGAAGCGUUGCGCGCGAUGCAGAGGCUGUGCUCGCGGAUAGCGGCGCAGAAGAUGCUGGUCAUCUCCUCGCUCGAGAACGACUGCUCCAAGGAGGAGCUCAACCGGCAGAUAGCGGUGCUACAAGACCUGCAAAAGAAGUACGUCCGUCUCGAGAUGGCCUUACAAUACUCGUUCUUCGACAACGGAAAAAGCAACGGACGGUCCACGGUCACUCCCAUACAAGAGAUGCCUUCGCUCACGCUGAGCGAGAGCGAUGUGCUCGCCGAUCCGCCCAACGACAGGUUAAAAGACACAGAAAUCGAAGCAUCCGACAACGUGUCGACAUCCAACGACGAGACGGUAGAGUCGUGGGACGGCAUCGACGACCCUUUACGGCGCGCGGCGCGGACGCAUAUAGAACCCGAGCCUAAUGGCAACGAGCUUAUAGUCGACGUGCCGCCACCGGUUCAAGACCGUACAUCUAACGAGACGGCAGAGCCCUACAGCAUCGACGACCCUUUACGGCGCGCGGCGCGGACGCAUAUAGAACCCGAGCCUAAUGGCAACGAGCUUAUAGUCGACGUGCCGCCACCGGUUCAAGACUGUACAUCCAACGAGACGGCAGAGUCGUGGGACGGAAUCGACAACCUUUUACGGCGCGCGGCGCGAACGCUUAUAGAACUCGAGCCUAAUGGCAACGAACUUAUAGUCGACGUGCCGCCACCGGUUCAAGAUUGUACAUCCAACGAGACGGCAGAGUCGUGGGACGGAAUCGACAACCUUUUACGGCGCGCGGCGCGAACGCUUAUAGAACCCGAGCCUAAUGGCAACGAGCUUAUAGUCGACGUGCCGCCACAGGUUCAAGACCGUACAUCUAACGAGACGGCAGAGCCCUACAGCAUCGACGACCCUUUACGGCGCGCGGCGCGGACGCAUAUAGAACCCGAGCCUAAUGGCAACGAGCUUAUAGUCGACGUGCCGCCACCGGUUCAAGAUUGUACAUCCAACGAGACGGCAGAGUCGUGGGACGGAAUCGACAACCUUUUACGGCGCGCGGCGCGAACGCUUAUAGAACCCGAGCCUAAUGGCAACGAGCUUAUAGUCGACGUGCCGCCACCGGACCCUACGGCCACAAUCGGUCUUAUGCACCCCAUCAAUUUUAACGAGGUGGUGAGCAUCCCCGGCUGGGUGACCCGCGGCGCGGGCGCGUCCACCCACCACGAGUACGAGGUGCGCAUCCGGCUCGGCCCGCACCGCUGGGCUCUGCUGCGGCGCUACCGCCGCUUCCGGGACCUCUACCUCGCCAUGCGGCGGACAUACGGACACAAGGUGGCCUCGAUCCCGUUCCCGCCGCGCCAGCUGUGGCAGUCGGAGGCGCUGGCUCGGGCGCGGCGCGGCGCGCUGGAGGCGUUCCUGCGGCGGCUGCUGGCCGCGUGCGCCGAGGACCGCCGCUGCCCGCUGCACUGCGCGCCGCUCACGCCGCACGCGCUCGUCUCCUUCUCGCCCUUCUUCCGACGGGGCGUGUUCGAGUCGGGCAAGUGCGGCACGGGCUGACGGCGCGCGGAGCUCGCCGCGGCGCGCGCGCUGCUCGCGUGCGCGCUCCGCCUCGCCGCCGCGCUCGCGCUGCUGCUCGCGCACGCGCUGGCGCUGCUGCUCUACCUGCUCUACCUGCUCUACCGCCGGCUCAGGUAGC